AUGGCAGGACAUUCUGCCAUGGCCGAGCGCCUGGACAUAUUUUCUGCCUCUUCGGCUUCCUCCACGGCUUAUAAGAUUCUCAAAGCUGUGCAAGUCGCAAAUCCCAUCGUCUUGCUGAUCUUCUAUCUCGUCGUGGCCACCACCCUAUCCGUCUUGAAUAGCAUAAAAAAGGAAAGACGGGAGGCGCAAGAAACGAAUCUGGUAGGCCCAGGCGGCAAACCUUUGCCUCGGAAGAGCCCGACUCAAAGAGUACGCGAUACCUCAGAACAUGUAGAAUUCAGCCAGCCCAGGAAGCUCUUCUUCCAGUGGACCAGCAUCGGGGUCGUUCUCAGUCUGGUAGGCAACAUGGUCGUUGUCGUCCUACAUGCGUUGGUGGAGCAAGAAGAGCGCUAUUGGUGCGGCGAGGCAACAACGGUCUACCUCGUAGCUUCUUUCAUGGUGUAUUUGCUAUUCGUCAUUGAUUUGAUCGAAUCAAAGCAUUCCCCAACGACCGCUCACUGGAUGAGCUGGAUCUUGGCGCUGAUCAUGGAAGCUAUCCUCGUGGCGACGACUCUGAUCGUUUACACCGCCGCGCAUCGCGAGCUAGGAGUAGAUCGGCCAGCUGGCGGAGGCUUCCAAGGAGACAUGACGGGCUGGGAGAUUCUCGAAGUCAUUUUCGAUCUCGGUCGCAUUUUCCUCCUCGUUGCGCUCGUCACAUUUUACGCGCUGUUCGCCCUGGACUGGAAACCGUCCAGGAAGAACAGGGUCGAGGAAGUGAACAUCCCCGAGGAGUCUUCUCCAUUGUUGUCUGAUGAAAAUCAACAAGCCAAUGGAUCUGCGCAUGUCGACUACGGAACACAUUCUCAGGCGAACGGAGACGCCGCGAACGGAGACGCCGACGGCAGCAGAGCGACAGGAAAUGGUCACCAUGCUGCUGCAGCACAUUCCGGAUCUGCAGAAGAGCCCGCGGGAUGGGAGAAGCCAACGUCGAAUCCAGAAGUCCAUUGGUGGGAAUACAUCAACGCGUAUCGUGUCUUCCUGCCGUACGUUUGGCCCUCCAAAAACCGCAGACUGCAAGUUCACUUCGUCAUUUGCAUUUUCAUCAUAUUCCUGCAGCGUGGCCUCGUGCUCCUGGUUCCGACUCAACUCGGUCACAUCACCAAUAUCCUCGCCGGCAAGGGUGGCACAUUCGGCAUGCCGUGGUUCGCCAUCAUCAUCUACGUCGUCUACCGUUUGUUCCAGGGAGCGCAAGGUCUUCUCUCUGCGGCGCGCACGUUGUUGUGGAUUCCCAUCCAGCAAUACUCGUUCCGCGAAUUGUCUGUCGCAGGUUUCGAGCAUAUCCAUCAGCUGAGCCUGGAAUUCCACCUGAACAAAAAGACUGGCGAGUUGAUCUCUGCUUUGAGCAAGGGUGAGGCAGUCAACACCUUUCUCGAAUCGGUCACGUUCCAGAUGAUUCCGAUGCUGGUCGAUUUGCUGGUCGCCAUGGCCUACACUUUGUUGUACUUUGACGCAUACUACGCCCUGGUCAUUGCUAUCGUGACCUUUUGGUACGCCUAUGUGACCAUUCACAUGGCUUCGUGGCGCGCAGAUGCACGUCGCCAAUCUCAAAACGCUUCUCGCGCCGAAAGCGCAGUCAAAACGGAUUCCAUCAUGUCAUAUGAAGCCGUCAAAUAUUUCAACGCGGAACAGUUCGAGUUCCAGCGGUAUCGGGAAGCCAUGGGGAAAUUCCAAAGCGCUGAAGCGACCGUCGUUUUCUCACUGGCAGUCCUCAAUACCGUGCAGAAUCUCGUCUUCAUGCUGGGCCUGAUCAUCAUGAGCUUUAUUGCUGCAUACCAAGUCACCACAAGGCGCUUGGACGUGGGCGAUUUCAUCACAUUGCUGACGUAUCUCGCGCUGCUCCAAGGACCUCUCAACUUCUUUGGGACAUUCUUCCGACAGGUUCAAAAUGCGCUGAUCAACACCGAGCGGAUGCUGGAGCUUUUCAAACAGACACCCAGCGUGGUCGAAGACCCCGAUGCGAUCGAGGCUACGACCUGUGAGGGAGAGAUUCGGUACAACGAUGUGCACUUCUCAUACGAUGUGCGCAAGUCUGCGCUGCGAGGUCUCUCCUUCACUUGCAAACCCGGUACCACUACCGCGUUUGUUGGCGAGUCGGGUGGUGGCAAAUCUACCAUUUUCCGCCUGCUGUUCCGGUUUUAUAACCCGCAAAGUGGCAUGCUCGAAAUCGACGGGCGCGACAUUUCCACCUUGACCCUCGACAGCUUGAGGAGACACAUCGGUGUAGUCCCGCAAGACACUGCCCUCUUCAACGAGUCGAUCAUGUACAAUAUUCGAUACGCCCGGCAGUCUGCUACCGACGAAGAGAUCUACGAGGCAUGCAAGGCUGCAUGUAUCCAUGAUCGCAUCCUCAGCUUCCCGGACGGUUACAAUACCAAAGUCGGCGAACGGGGUCUUCGCCUUUCUGGCGGGGAGAAGCAGCGUGUGGCCAUCGCACGCACCAUCAUCAAGGAUCCGCGAAUCAUCCUGCUCGACGAAGCGACCGCCGCACUUGACACCAACACCGAAGAGCACAUCCAAUCCGCAUUGCAGACCCUCGCUCAGGGCCGUACCAUGCUCAUCAUCGCCCAUCGUCUCAGCACUAUCACCAUGUGCGACCAGAUCCUCGUCAUCCACGACGGCCAGGUCGUCGAAGCGGGCUCCCACAACGACCUCAUCGCCAACAAGUCCGGCCGAUACGCCUCCAUGUGGCGCAAGCAGGUACGCGCCGAGCGUGCCGCUCACGAAGCCAAGGUCCUGAGCGACAAAGCCGAGCGUCUGCGCCGCGAGAGCAUGAACACCCGCCCCCGCGCCAGCAACAGCUCCAACUCAGCCUCAGCCGGGAUCGCCAACGGCGGCGUCAUCUCCUCCACAGGGAUUCCCUCGGGAGACCACCAUCGCAGCAACAGCUCCAGCGACGACGAACACCUCGGCGGCACAGGCGACACGCACGAGGAAGACGGCGACCACUCCACUUCCUCCUCGACCACGCUCCCUCACCACCAGCAGCAGCAGCAGCAGAAUGGUCCAGGAAACCUCUUCACCUCCCCCGCGCCGAAUUACAACUCGAACCCGUCCAGCAACGACCACACCACAACCCCCUCCGGCCAACCCGUCCCUUCAUCCUCGGCCUUCCGCUCCCCAUCGCCCGUCCUGGAGGAAGUCAGCCCCACCUCGACCGAGCCGAUGACGGCACUGGCAUCCCAACUCCCCCCCUCCGCUCCGGCCGCCGCCACCACGACGGAUGCCGUCGCCACCAGCGAGAAUGACCCCGAAGACCCCACCACCGCCAGCACCGUCGCGGACAUCAGCGCUGAUGGCGGCGUGGCGGAACCCACCACUGACGUCGCGAAGGGCAGCCUGGGCAAAUGA